UAUAACGGUACACAUGUUGCUGUCGGAAAACGCGAGCGGUCCAAGUGGAAAUGUAGCCCAAUCCGUUCGCACCAGGGUUUCCAUUUAAAGCGCUCCCUCGCACAAAUACACGCACACACACCGUGACACGGACACACUCGUACACUCACACACUCGCAACGUAACGCACACCAACGCGCAUUCGCACCCACACACAAGUGAAGUCGGCUCCACAAACGCACAAGUGCGGUGUAUCUGUGUGAGUAGCCGUAGAAGAGGUGUUUGGCAUUGUGCUCAGGAUACAGGAUUUGGUGGCCAAGUGCUUAAUAAAACCAUCAUAAACCCCGAAACCGUCGAAAGUGAUAAAUGCAAAUAUACCCCUAAUGAAUGAAUACCACCUAUCGCAAAGUGUGUGGCCUCAAGAAGCCAAGCCAAAUAUAAUCCCAACCAUUGGCCAAGUGAUUUAUCCGUUCAGACGGCGUGUCUGUGGCUCAUUAGAGGGAAAAACUAGCUGGCCAGCAAAAUAAAACAAAAUAACCAAUCCAAUCCAAACCAAACCAAAGGCAAAAUCGAAAUCAACAAAGCGAAGCAAACUGUAGCAGGGCAAUAUAAAAACAACAUGGAAUAUUGAAUGAAAUCGGCCGGCAUAUAUGCACAUACAUUAGCAGCUAAAGGACAACGAAUUCCCUAGUUCGCCCACAAACUCAGCAUCAUGGAUGAAAGUGCGAUAAUCUAUCAAAUGCUAUGAUAAAGGUCAAGGGAGGAGUCUUAGCAAGCGAUUAGUUUGAGUAAACGAGAAAACGAAAAUCAUGCAUCACGACGAGACAUACCAAGUAGUUUGUCGACUGAUUGAAAGGGAGGACCUGGAGGAUCGGAAGCCGUGCUGCCGGAGAAAGCCUACUGCGCCCCAUCCAUUCCCCAGUCCGAAUGCCUGGAGGCAGUUGCUCCUCCUUCCCCUGCUCAUGCUGUCUGGGAUCAGCCAGGUGUGCAGCACAUACGUAGAGCAGGAUGAGCUCAUGCAGAAUCUGGACCGACCGGUUCCACUCACCACUGUGCAGGGUGUCCUUGGACGACAGGCGAUGCUGCCCUGCGAUAUCUCGCCGCAGGAGCGGGACGACGCCGUCUAUAUGGUCCUGUGGUUCCGCGAGGGCGAUGGCGAGCCCAUCUACAAUUUCGACGUGCGGGGCCGGCAGUUUGGACAGGCGCGUUUGUGGUCCUCGCCCACGGCCUUCGGCACCCGCGCCCACUUCAGCAGCACAACCCAUCCCGCCCAGCUGAAGAUCGACAACAUCCGGAUCGAGGACGAAGGCGUCUACCGGUGUCGCGUCGACUUCCGCAACUCGCCCACCCGGAAUCUCAAGAUCAACCUCACCGUCAUCGUCCCCCCGGACAGACCCGUAAUCUAUGGCCAAAACAGGCACGAGAAGGCCGGAAAUGUGGAGUCCUUCAGCGAGGGCAACGACAUUGUCCUGUCCUGCGAGGUUUCAGGAGGUCGGCCGCGACCCAAUGUCACCUGGUACUUGGACAACACGGCCAUUGACGAGUCCUUCGAGCAGCGUCCUGAUGGCAAGACCAUUAACCACCUGUCGUACCCAAAUGUGGGCAGGCAGCACCUCAAUUCCCGGCUAAUGUGCGUGGCCAGCAACACGAACCUGACGCCACCCAACAACCGGGUGGUCAUCCUGGACGUGAACCUGAAACCCAUCGCCGUGCACAUACUCACCAAGGAUCGAUUCGUGUCCGCGGAUCGCACCUACGACGUGGAGUGCAAGAGUUCCGGAUCGAAGCCGCCGGCACUCAUCACGUGGUGGAAAGGCAGCAAGCAGCUGAAGAAGCUCACCAAGAAUUUUAAUGAACCCGAUAAUCAAUCUCUAAGUAUACUGACGUUUACGCCCGGACGCGAGGACGAUGGCAAAUAUUUAACAUGUCGGGCAGAAAAUCAAUUCAUCGACGGCAGCGCCAUCGAGGACAAAUGGCGACUCAUUGUCCACUACCAGCCGACCACCACGCUCAAGAUUGGCUCCUCGCUGAAUCCCGACGACAUCAAGGAGGGCGACGAUGCGUACUUCGAGUGCAUUGUGCUGGCGAACCCGAAGCCCUACAAGAUGUCCUGGUUCCAUAACGGCAAGGAGUUGCAGCACAACAUAUCCGCUGGCGUCAUCCUGUCGGAUCAGUCGCUGGUCCUGCAGAGCGUCUCACGUGCCUCGGCCGGCGACUACACCUGCCUGGCUGUCAACUCGGAGGGCAAGGGCCCCAGUAAUCCGGUCACAUUGCGCAUACGCUAUGCUCCGAUUUGUGCCACGGACCACGAGGAGCUGUUGGGCGCCCUCAAGCACGAGACCCUGCCCCUGAAGUGUGAGGUGGACUCCUCGCCGCCGGCGGACUCCUUCCAGUGGACCUUCAACUCGUCCGGCGAGCAGACGGAGCUGCCAGCUCGCCUGCACUCCAGCGAGACCGGCAUGUCGCGAUUAAACUACACACCCAGCACGGACCUCGACUACGGCACGAUUUCAUGCUGGGCCAAGAACUCCAUUGGCACGCAGAAGAGUCCCUGCGUGUUUCAAAUUGUGGCAGCCGGUCGGCCGUUUCCCCUGCAGAACUGCUCGGUGACCAAUCAGUCGGUGGACUCACUGCAAGUCGACUGCCUGGAGGGAUUCGACGGAGGUCUUCCGCAGGGAUUCAUGCUGGAGCUGGUCGAGCUGAACACGUUGCGUCUGGCCAGGAACAUCACGGUUUCGCACACACCGGUGACCUUUGUGAUAGACAACCUAGACCAGGCGGCCACCUAUCGCAUGGUGAUAUUCGCCGUAAAUGCCAAAGGUCGUUCGGAGCCCACCAUAAUCGACGACAUCAACUUCAAGGGCGUGGCCAAGUUCACAGGUGCCUCGACCGGCCUCUCGAUGCCCCUCUCCCCGUUCCUGGCGGGUCUGACCCUUUUCUGCGGCCUGCUGCUCGCCAUCUUCUGCAUCAUGCUGGCGGCCAUCUACCGGAGGUUCUCCAAUCGGCGCAGCGACAGCAACCUGAAGGUGGCCAAGCACACGCAGCUCACGAUUCCGGCGGACUGCCAGCUGGACCCGUUGCAUCCGGGCGUUCAGACGGACGGACCCGGCAACCACCAGCCGCACCACAGCCUCCUGCCCCUCAACUGUGAUGGUCGCAACGCGGUCGACUGCGGCGCCCUCGGGGACGUGGGCGUGGGCGUGGGAGGUGUGGGCAUGGGCCUUGACGGCGGGAUGAAGGGCAGCUCGCCCAUUGGCCUGAUGGCCUUGCCCGGCGACACACUCCGCUCAAAUGCAAGGAACCGGCACAGUCCCAUGGCCGAUCAGGCCGAUAUAGACGACACCGAUCCCGAUGUUAUACCAAAUCAGUAUGAAAAACGUCCGCUGAAGAGCCUGGUGUCCCCGCCAGGAUUCGCCAGUCCUUCGAAUCGCCUGAUGCAGCGCGAUUACCUCCGGGAAACGGAGCUCACGAAGGGCGGCAAUGACGUGGGCAUGGGGGCGGCCGAGGGGCUGUCCAGCAUCGGGCUGAUGAGCAGCUCCGGGAACGAGGUGCUCCACUACACCUUCCGGCCCAGCAAGCAAAUCAGCUAUGCUACACUGAACAAAAAGGGCAUCACCACCUGCAGUCCGCCGCUGGGUUCGCUGAACUACAGUGUGAGCACCUCCACGCCCACGUCCUCCUACCACCUGACGCCCCAGCCCAUGGAGGUCAGUCUGCUGAGUCCGAACAAUCCGUCGGUGACGUCGUCGCUGAGCGAGUACCGAUUUCGCACCGGGCCAGAGAUCGUCACCACCUCGAAUCGCAUACAGGAAAGUUGUAUAUAAAGCUCCCGCACCCAUACUUACUUCUGAGUGUACAAAAAUCCAAAUGAUAUAGAGUGGCAAAUGUAUUAAUACAUGAGUAUCGUACCGCAUCGUAUCGAAUAAUAUCCUAGCAGCUAGACGUAUUUAUUCGCAUGGUUUGAGGAAAGACUUCUCCUAGCUCGUAAGCAUCUUGUGUACUUAAUGCAAUGCCAAAAGUGUAACUGCAAUACACUCGUUUUGUAAAUAAUCGUUGUCAUCUGUUGUUGUAAUUAAGCCAAGCCAGAUAAGGAAUAUAUAUUCUCGCGGAGAGAGAGGAGUGAACGAAACUACUUCUAAAGAACAUAUCGUUUAACGUUUCACCCACACCCUAUCCAAUAUCCCAUAUCCCAUAUCCGAUAUCCUAUACCCUAGAACCCAGAUCCAAGUCCCUUAUACCCAAUAACCUAUCCUAUUCCGAAAAACAAACGCUGUCAACUUAACAUAUCGCCGACAUCCUAACGCUCGCUAAGCUAACCCGAGAUCAUCGUUGUGCGCAAAAAAUGCAAGAAACAUAAGCAAACUGAGCAGGCCGAUUGCAACUAAUUUACGCCAUAUUUAGUAUACCAAUAAACGAAUAUAUAUCCAUUUAAUCUGAACAGGACCUGCACUCUUCCAGAGUUCCCGGCAGAGUACUGCGGGAGUCGCAUUUGUGAGAAUAUCAUGUCCAUAUCCUCUAUGAAAGUAUUACCUAUUGAUUUUCGUUUCGAUUAACUCGAGUGUUUAAGUGUAGCUACCACAUACGUGUAUUUAACUAGACCUAAGUAGUCCUAAUUAGCGGUCUAAGCGAUAUGUACAUACAUGAUUAUACAGAAGGCCACAACUCUCCGGCACUCCGCUAUUCCGGCAUUCCGGAACUCAGCUACUCCGGUACGCCGGUACUAUGGCACUCCUCCACUCCUCGACUUCUCCACUCCGGUUCGCCGAGAUUCUCCCUGUAAUUUGAAAUUGUCUAACCGCUCCGAACCGGCAACUGUAUAUAACAUAGUUCAU